AUGGUCCUUGUCACCCUUCGCCCUGACGCAUCUGCACCUGUUUCUCGACGUCGUGCGCGCUUCCUUCCGCCUUCCAUCCCUCGCCGCGUUGCUUCAGUCGACCAUGGAGAAUACAUAGCGACUGCCACGACGCACUUCUUCAGCAGCGCCAAUACGCCCUUCAGCGCUUCGCCGAUGACGAGGAUGACCAUCCCUCUUAAGGUAUCGUGCUCCCCUCCAUUCCAGUCGUCCUCUCCACCAAUUAACACGUUUUCCACUAUACAGAGCCCACCGAUGGCCUCGCGCGAAAGUUUGGCAUUGAAAGGCCAUAAAAGGGAGCUGAAAUGUCGCAAUCAACCACGCCGACCCUUCGUUCCAUAUGAUUCACCCCACCGGGAAUUGCCCUUUGCGCCAAAAAACUCUUGUGCCCAAUGGAAUGCCCUCCCACCAGUCAGCUCGAUAGUUGGUUCAGGCCCUGGAGGUCUUGCAGGUUCUAGACAGCACUCGUAUCAUUUCCCACACUUCGACGCCCAAGGAGCCACCUCUCAUCAAGGUCCACGUAUUUCCGGAGCCCCGUUUCAGCUACGGAUGCCACCCCACCACGCCUAUACCCAGCACACCAUGCCACCCGCACUUGUUCCCAGUGACAUUCCUCUCCCACACUCCUCCGACAACGAUCUUAUUCAUGGACCCACCAUUGCCAGUGCUACCGGCCAUUCUCCAGCAUCCUUUGUUGCUGGCUCUCGGCAUAGCGAACGGGGGCAUCACAGAUCGAGCAGUGCCCCACGUACCAGCAGGGGGAAGGGGAAGCAAUCACAUGAGUUGACGUCUGAGUCGUCAUCGGAUGACGAGAAACCCGUUGCGAAACGGGGGCGUCGUGCAGGUGCAGGGAAUUAUACGGAAGGGGAUCUUUCCCAGUUGCUUACUCUUGUUGAGGAGGAGCUUCCGAUCGGUCAACGAGGUUGGAAGAAGGUUCAUACGAGGUUUGCAAAGUGGGCGAAGAAGAACAAUCGACCUGAGCGGGAUUGUAAAUCAAUUGAAACGAAGUAUAAACAGCUCAUUAAACCAGGCAAACCGACAGGUUCUGCUAAACGUCCUGACACUAUCACCAGAGCAUUGAAGAUUGAGAAGGAAAUCAAUGAGAGAGCCGGCACACGCGAUCUCCAUGACUCGGACUUCGAUAACUCUGGUGAAGUCGAGAUCGUCGGAGGCCCUGACACUAAUGACCCCACAUUGCACACUGUCACCCCACGUCGCAUGCGCGCAAGUGCCCCCACCCUUGAGCUAGUCCAGACACUGUCGAAGGCCUUUGAUCCGGCCACCCAACGAAGCCGCGAAGACGACCGCGCUUCUCGUUCCAUGCAAACGACUCAGUUCCUCACCAUGUCGCAGCAGCUUCGUGACGCCAACGCAACCAUUGAAUCACUGCGAAAUGAAUUGACCCGCUUACGCGAUCGGUUCCAUGAUGCAGAGCGGGCUCGCGAUCGCGCUGAGCUCAAACUCGAACUCACGGGAAUGAACCCGCAACCCUCUGCACGCCGAUACCAUCCCUUCCCUAACAGGCGGCAUCUUCCCGGAGUUGUACGUGUUCGGGGAAAGAUUAAGAGCGAGGAAAUCUUUCCUGAGGGUGGCAAAAGUGUCACUUGGAUCACAGAUACGGCGAGCUCGUCAUCAGAGAAGGAGAACAUUGAUCCCACCACUUCUGUAUAUAAGAACUCUCGCUUUUCGCCUGUUCAAUCUCACAGCCGUCGAUCCUCAGGUGUAGACUUCGCCCCUCCAACAUUCUUUGCCAACGCGCCCCUUCUGUCGGCUCAGGAACCCUCUCCAGUCCCAUCUCAUGCUUCCCCGGCUAACAACAAUGGGCUUCUUGUGACACCCCGUCGUAAUGGCGGAAGCAUUUCUUACAUUGUCAGCCCCAUCCAUGUACCUGGUCCCGAGGAUAAGUAA